AUGGUGCCCGUGUCUCUCUAUCCAGUGGUAGAAGCACAACAACUUCAAGGGUUCGAAGUUCUCUCCGUUUUUCAUCCAAAUGAUGACGUCAUCAAUUCAGUCGUGAUUUCACGUAAGAUUGCAGAUCCUUUUAACAAUGAUCAUGGUGAUAAUCAUCAUCAUCACCAUGAGUUGGGGAUCGAGUCUGUCAUGCCAUUGAGUUGCAAGUAUUGUGAGUUCCAGGCUUUCAACAAUCCUCUUGGCCAGAUCAAAAUGAUGGAUUAUUAG